AUGGCAUCUUCUUCUAAACUUGAACAGCUCAGGGACUAUCUGUCGAGUCUGGACCCGAAGAACUCGUUAGAAGGGGUUUCAUUCCACUAUGACACGGCCAACGAGCUCGGCUUUAACCCUGGUGACCCAUUCGACUUCUUCGUCGCCACUCCAUUUGGCAAGUGGUCUAACACAUCACCUCCAAUCCCCAAUGUCGUUGCAGCUGCUGUUUCCGAGGCUUUGGAAAAUGGCAUAACCUCAAAGAACUUAUCGAUCGGCCAAGACGGAUCCAAGUACAUGUUCGUCGACUUACUCACCCUCGCACCAUUCAACUCCACUUUCUUCAUCAAGGGCAUCAGUCCGACUCUGAAUAAGCUCGUCAACGGUCUUCCAAGUGAUGUGACGCCAGUCAUCCGUCUGCUGUGCGGCGACAACGGCAUCACCGCCGCUCAGUUCAAGGACGCCAGUAACGGAUCCGGAUGGAAUGACUACAAGCAGAUCUUCUGGUCUAACAAUCAGCCAUCCAUCACGCACCCAAGGGCUCAGCUCUACAUUGGCUUUUACAACCCCGACUUCAAGUUUCAGCCGGGAGGCAGUGAGGCAUGGGUGAAGAAGCUUCAAGUCGAACUCAAGGAUUACUUGAGCAAGUCAGCUUUAUCCGGCUAUCCAUGGGUCAUCAAUCUGGCCACCACUCUCGUCAGCGAUGGCCUGUUGCCUCUCGCCAAGGUCGCCGAGACUAACGGGCUUCCAGCUCUCAGCUGGAACCACGCAAAAGUCACGGCGGUGAAUGGUACCACGAUGACCACGGGAGGUGCGAACCUGUGGGACAGUUAUGGCGAUACCCAGGUCGGGACCUUCGACUCUAUGGUCAAGAUCAGAGGCGAUGCAGCUAUUGAAGCUCACAAAUAUGCCGAUGCUCUGUGGAGGCAAAGUAGCUACCUCAACGACAUUCCUUCCGACGACAACGCUUCUUUCCGACACUCUAUUAAGCUUUCAGGGCCUACUCCAACAGGGGCGGACAGCUUUCAGGCAGACAAGGUUCCGCUUUUUGGUAACACCAAGCAGUCUGUGAAGAACUCUGGAUCACAAGCAGUCUUGACUACGAGCAACGUGGGCGAUCGUCUUCCUGGACCUGGUAAACACCGAUACCCUAUCCUGGUCCUGAACGUAGUGAAAGACAUUCUUAUGCAAUUGGUGUACAUGCAGACUACAAAGGGCUUCAACCCCUCAGGUGGCACAGCCCCUGAUCUGAAGGUGAUGAACACCGUUAUCGAUGCAUUGAGCGAUCAAGCCAUCCUCCCAGCCAUGCAGCGGUUCGACCUCAGCCCAGCUGUAUGGGCAAGCAAAGCUGCGCGAUUCCACGCCAUUGAGAAUGCGACGAGCAACAUCACACUCGCUCAGGAGAUCUUUGUGGAACCGUUCCUGCGAGGUAAUGCAGGCGCCAAUGCCAUAAAGGGAUGGCUCAAUACCAAACUCGGCCUCGACUGGGAUGAGUAUGUGGUCCCGUACGAUGUCAUGCAGGCCAUGUGCAAGGGUCUGCUCAACAUUGUCAAGAAUCACCCGCAAGACAAGAGCUUCGGUAUGCACAUCUUACUCACCACGAAGGAUGCCGGAGGAGGCUAUGGAGAUCCGUACUCAUGGAAAACCUUCCGGGAGAUCCUGACUGGCCUCCUCGGCGCACAAGAAUUGCCGUCAGGUACAACUGCUGCAGAGAUUAUUGAAGACCGGCUUCAUUGCAAGAGAAUUAUGCAGAACGAUAAUCGGUAUGGCCAACACAGUAAGAUCGUCUGUGUGGAUAGGCAGCUUUUGUAUGUGGGAAGCGACAACAUUUAUCCAGAGUACAACGAGCAGCAUGGUGUCUGGAUUGAUGAUACGAAGAAUAUCGAGGCAUGGUACAGCCAGUACUUUGAUACUGCAUGGCAAAAGGGAGCCGACAUCGUCGAUUAG